GAGUGCACUGUAUCUGAAAGAGAGGACCGAAUUUUGCUGAUCGGAAGACACAUCUCUGGAAUCUGUGAGCAUAUCUUGCACUGUAGCCCAGCGAAUCUCCUGGAUCAAACAGCCAUUUUGGAAACGGUGGAGCUUGAACCUGCAGGUCCAGAAGACAAUUUGGGCCUAGAGAUUAAGUCCUUGCCCUCCUGUCUCCAUUUGAUAUCAGGGACUGCCCGAGAGAUUCCUGUUGACCAAUACAACAAGGUCUUCCCAGGUGAUGAAAUAGUCCAAGUCAAUGACCAGGUGGUGGUGGGGUGGACCCGGAUGAAUCUUGUGAAGAAGCUUCUGGAAUCCAGUCGAGUGACGCUGGUGCUGAAGAAAAUCCCACUGGUUUCUUCGGAGUCUUCCCGUCCCCCAGAAUCUCCUCUUCACCAGCAACAGCCCCAUGCUUUCUUAGAAGACCUGAGCUCAAGAAGCGAUGACUCUUCAGCCAGCUCUGCGUCACCAACAUCCAGCAUGACGGCUGAGUUCGAAGGAACCCAGAAUUCUGUGCUUGAUCUUCCCACUGCUCAAGAGGAUCAGAAGAGAAUUGAUUGCAGGCAUCCUGUGGAUAAUAUCUGUAGACUGGAAGAAGUCCUUUCUGGAGCAGAGGCAUUGGCUGAUCCUGCUCUGGAAAGGCAGGGCUUUGGAGCAGAUGCCAUGGGGCCUAAAUCUCCAGAUGCCACUGCCCCUUCCAGUCCCAGGAAGCAAGAGCAUCAACAAGGAAACUCUGCAAGACAUGAGAACGGAUUUGUCAGAGGGCAACAGGGGCUGGCAUCGGCUGAUUCCAAAGAGGGCAGCGCUGAAAUUCGAAGGAGGCAGAAGGGAGUCACUACCCGAUUAAGUCGUCGACGCAUCUCCUGCCAGGAACUGGGACAGGUGGACUGUGACGGUUGGCUCUUAAAAAAGAAGGAUCACAUGGGCUUCAUGGCCCAGAAAUGGAAACGGUUUUGGUUCGUGCUGAAAGGACACAACCUUUACUGGUACAGCAACCCCAAAGAUGAGAAGGCUGUGGGAUUGGUCAACGUAUCUGCCUACAGACUGGAGAGCACCAAGGAACAGAAAAAGAAAUAUGUUUUCCAACUCACCCAUGAGAAGUACAAGCCCUUCAUCUUUGCAGCAGAAACCCUGGCUGAUCUGAGCAUGUGGGUCAGCCGUUUGAUCACAUCAAUGACCAAAUAUACAGUGUCCUGUAAAUCUGGGCCAUCUAACCAAGAAGAUUGCUACAGCGAAACGGAAGCAGAAGAUCACGAGGAUGACUCUCCUAGGCAUAACUUUGAUCAGACAAAGCAGAAGGAAUUGGAGAAAGCUCAGUUGCCAACAGGGGCUACUAGGAGUAGCCAAAACCUUCUGGGCAGCCCACUUUUCCAGGACAAUGUAGAUGAGAAAACAGCACCUCCCUCUUCUCCAGAUCCAGCAGAAGAAGAGCUUCAGGCAAUGAUCAAAUGUCUGAAACAAGGAGGAGUAUCUCUCAUUGGGAAGCAGCAGGUGUUCACCCGCGAAUAUUACCGGAAAUCAUUUGUCAAACGUAACAAGAACCCAGAGAUCAACGAGAAAGUACAUCUGAUUCGGACGCUUCAAAGCACACUCAAGGCCAAAACUGCUGAGCUCCAAUUACUUGAUAUUCUACUCGAGGACACCGAACUGAACUCUGAAAAAUUCAAGAGCUGGAAAGAACAACAUCAGGAGUUAUACCAGGAAAUACAGAUGUGGUGGGCUAAAAAACUGGACCAAGACAAUGGCUCACUAGAUUCAAGUUUUGACCUCAACUUGGAGGCAGCUGCAGAUCCGUAACAUCUGUGGGACCUCUGUCCUGUGAGCUAAAACCUUCUUCCCCCAGCUCCACUUACACAACACCAGAUAGAAGUGCAGUUUUGUCAUUUCUAAUUUUUGGAUAGGGAUGUGUUAUGACAAGCUUCAUCUUUAGAGGGCAUUGGGAUUACAGUUGGGUUGGUCUAAAAGUUUUAUCCAGACAACAACAAUAGCUCCAAAUGAUUCUCUCAUUUUAGAGAGAUGGAUUGUAAAGAUGGUGGCAAUGGAGAAAGAUUGUUGGCUUUUUAUGUAACGAUGGAGAUUUCCCAACUGCAAAAUAGAAGACCAACGAAGAAGAAAGUGGCUAAGCAUCUGGGAAAGAAGCUGGCAUUGACUAGCACAGACUUUGCGCCCUUCAGAUUUCUUCAAAACAAGCCAUUUCCUCCAGCAUCUUUCAAAAUGAAACUUUCCCUUGAGUAUAUUCAGCAACUGAGAGACAUCUGAGUAAACCAGUUUGUGGUUUUCAAUAAUGAUAGUUUAUAUUGAAAACCAACUUGCAUUAGAAGCGGGAUACUGUAAACAUGUAAGAAAUGAGUUAUAUAAAUAAUUGUCACAAUAUGUUUGUAGUCACAAUAUGUUUG